CCAAAGUUGUUUGGUUAUUGCUGAUUAAAUUGAUUGAACAUGUCGGAAAAAUUGGAUGCAAUUAUUUUUGGUGCAACCGGUUUUACUGGAGAAUUAGUUGUUGAGUAUGCAGUAGAUUUAUUAAAAGACCUUCAAUGGGGUGUGGCGGGAAGAAAUGAGUCAAAAAUAAAAAAAGUACUCUCAGAUAUUGGUAGUAAACUUAAACAGGAUUUAAAUGAUAUACCAGUGGUUAUAGCUGAUAUUAGUGAUCAAAAAUCUUUAGACUUAAUGGCAAAAAAGUGCAAAUUAAUAAUUAAUUGUUGUGGCCCCUAUCGUUUCUAUGGUGAAGUUGUCGUAAAAGCAUGUAUCGAGAAUGGUACCCACCAUAUUGAUCUUAGUGGUGAACAACUAUUUAUUGAUAAAAUGUUUGAAGUUUACCAUGACCUUGCACAAGAAAAAGGUACUUAUGUAGUGUCGGCAUGUGGAUUUGAUACGAUACCGGCAGAAAUGGGAGUUGUUUACGUUGAACAAAAUUUUGGAGGUGAUAUUAAUUCCAUUGAAAUGUAUUGGGAGAACACAUUUGAUAAUGGUUCGAAACCUUUACUGCAUUAUGGUACUUGGGAAAGCGCUGUUUAUGCUUUCGACAACUUUAGAAAAUCGCUGAAUGUACAAAAUAAAAUAAAUAAAUCUAUUAUUGAAAAGUUGCCCAGUUUAAGACCCAAACUAUGGCUAAAUCCGUUUAUGCACAAGACAGCUGGCCUAAGUAGUUAUUUUCUACCGUUUCCACAAACUGAUCGAGCUCUUAUACUACGGGCCCAACGUUUACAACACAAAAUAGAGCAUAAACGGCCUAUACAAUUUGAAUCAUAUGUGGGUUUUCGCUCAUUUUUCUCUGCAUUCUGCUUACCAUUCCGUUUUCUUACUAUCUUACUGAUGGCUCAAUGUAAAUGUACACGCAAUUUGCUUUUAAAGCAUCCCAAAUUUUACACAAAGGGUAUGAUCUCACACGAAGGCCCUACUGAAUCAAUUAGAAAAGGACACCAUUUUGCAUUAACCUUUAAGGCAAAAGGUUGGAGCAGUGAUGAACCCAUCACAGAGAAACCAAAUAAAGAGUUGAUAGCACGCGUUUCGGGCACUGAUCCAUUCUAUGGUCUGGCUAGUAUUAUAAUGCUGCUAUGUGCGAAAACAAUACUCAGUCAAAGUAAUCUAAUGCCAGGAAGCGGUGGUGUUUGGCCAGCGAGUUUUGCAUUUGCCAAAACAACACUGAUUCAAGAGAUGCAAAAACAAGGAAUAAAAUUUGAAAUAGUAAAGUCGUAGAAGUGAAUAUCUUUCAUAUAUUUUGGAAUAUUAGUGUG